CGGGAAACUGUCUUCAUUUUAGGUCAGUUAUUGCCAGAUCUGUUAACACUGUCCAAGGAAAAUGUCAGGAGACUAAAAAUUAGGAUUCACUGAACAUUUAUUGAAAGUUUUGGUGAUUGGAGACCUUGAUGUUGGAAAAACCAGCUUUGUAAAGCGUUAUGUGAGAAAUCAAUUCUUCAAGGACUUAAAACCGACAAUUGGUGUGGAUUUCUUUAUGAAGGUCAAUGAGUGGGACAGUCAAAUGCUGGUGAGAUUACAACUAUGGGAUAUAGGAGGUCAAGAGCGUGUCAGAGGAAUGAACCGAGUGUACUUCAAAGGAGCGAGUGGUGCAAUGAUUGUUUAUGACAUUACAAACGGAUCAACAUUGGAAGGAGCUCUGAACUGGAAACGUGAGCUUGAUUGUAAAGUAAUGUUGAAAAAUGGCAGCCCAAUCCCUGCAGUUCUGCUAGCCAAUAAGUGUGAUCAGAUUCCACGUUGUCAGAACUGUACUGCUGUUCUGGAGAAGCUCUGCCAAGAGAAGGGUUUUAUUGGACGGUUUGAGACAUCAGCAAAGAACACAAUGAAGAGGAAUAUCUCAGCUCUGUAGGUCCAUACAAUGCAAUUGUGCAAUUGUGAAUGGUGAUCAAUAUGUUGACCCUCCAAAAGUACACAAAGGCAGAAUUCAUAAGCCAUAAGACUCUAAUGGGUUAAUCUGUAUCUUCAGAAGCAAAAUAAUAGAUAAAUCUGAUCAAUAUUUAAAUUACUAUCAA